UCAUCUCUCGUCUUGCCUCAUGAUGCAUUUUCUAAACCGCUUGUGGGCGGGAGCGCUCGUUGUUCUUUUAGGGUCUUCAUAUUCGAACGCUAGCCCUGGACCUAUUCAGUUACUAGGUCGAGAUCAUAGUCAGACUCGGGUUAUUGCAGGCGUAACUAUUCCGGACACGCCUGUUGUACGUGCCGCACAAGCUUAUGCUCGCGCUCACGCCGACGACAUGACCUACAACCACGUCAUGCGCUCUUGGCUCUUCGGCGCAAUAAUAAUCAGCAGAUCGAAAGACAGCGUAGCCAUAGACCCAGAAGUCCACGCUGUCGCCGCUCUUCUCCACGAUUUAGGCUGGGAUAACACCGGUGAACUCGUGUCACCUGACAAGCGCUUCGAAGUUGACGGUGCACUUGCCGCUUGGAACUUCAUUGAGUCCUCCGUGCACAAUGGGACUAUUCAUAGCCAUGACUGGGAUGACGACCGAAAAUGGCUUGUUUGGGAUGCCAUUGCACUACACACAACACCCACGAUUUUCGCGUACAAGCAGCCCCUGGUAUUCCUGACGGCAGCUGGCAUAAACGCCGAUUUUCACGGUCCUGAAAGCGACUUGUCAGGCUUAAUAACUUGGAACGAUUACUACCAGGUCAAGGCAGCAUUUCCCAGACUUGAUCUUGCAUCAGGUGUGUCCAAAAUCAUUUGCGGAUUUGCGAGGAAUAAGCCUGCGACUACAUAUGAUAAUUUUAUGAUGCAAUUUGGCAUUCGUUAUGUAGCGAAUUACUCUCAAAAUUCUGUGGGGCAUCUAGGUAUCGAUGAAGUUGAGAACGCUCUUCCCAACUGAAGUUGGUAGACAUUUGGUGGGGAAUAUCUAAGUGCAGUACCAGGGGUUGAUAUUCCAGGGUCGGGGUUGUAGUUUAAAAAGAGUAAUUUUCAUCAGGAAUGGCAGAUGACGCAUUGAAGGCGAAGGGGCGCGAGCAAUUAUCAAGGUCUGGUGUUAAUGGCAAUUGCAUUUCUGACUUCUAAGAGCGCGCUCC